GCUUGGCUAGCAAUUUAGCAAAACAAGUAUGGCGGCUUUGUUGUCAGUUCAAGAUUAUGGGGACUCUGAUGGAAGUGAUGAUAGCGGUGCUGGUUCCUCAAAUGAAUUGAAUGCCCACCUCAAGCCACUGCCGGCCGAGAGUAGUUCAGUUUCAGCAAAGUUAGCCUUAGUGGCUGCUCCUGUUGUCGUUUCAAAUGAAGACACAACAGGCUUGCGUCAUAUUGAUGGGAAAACGAAGGAACUCAAGUAUAAUCCAAAGUUCGAUGAGCUUUUUGCUCCACAUGUGGGACCGGUGAAUCCGUACAAGACCCAGCAGGCUCAGGCUGUGCGCAACUCUCUGUCGGGUUUUGUGGAGCACGCACAUUUCAACCACUUCCAGUUUGACAACCAGCGCAAGACGUUCACCAGCUACGGUUUUGCGGUGGACCCGAGCGUAGACACAGGGGGAGGUCAGCCUGAGACAAUUGUCGGCAGCUCCUCAGCUGUGGAAGAAAAUCAAGGCAGAUCAGUUUUUGAAAACAACCCAGAACAAGACAAAGCCAAGAAAAGGAAGAGACAUAAAAACUGCGACGCGUCGGAUGUUGAUGGUUACCUGGGACCGUGGGCUAAGUAUGAGGACGAAGAGACAGUGUCCAGACCUAGUGAGGAGGAGCAGAAAGACCUGGACGAGAUCCUGGCGAAGAGAAGCAAGUCGGGCAAGCAGGUGGACGAGAAGACGGUGGAAGAAAAGACGACACUACACAUCAAAGACGCCUACGACUACCAAGGCCGAUCGUUUCUUCACCCGCCCCAGGACGUCGGGGUGAACCUAAAGUCAGAGGAGCCGCCAGAGAAAUGUUUCUUGCCCAAGAAGCUAAUCCACACGUGGUCGGGCCACUCCAAGGGAAUCGCGGCCAUCCGCUGGUUCCCCAAGUACGCCCAUCUCCUGCUGUCCGCCGGCAUGGACUGUAAGAUCAAGAUUUGGGAAGUGUACAGAGACCGUCGAUGUGUGCGGACGUACGUGGGUCACAAGCAAGCUGUCCGCGACGUCUGCUUCAACAACAGCGGCACCGAGUUCCUCAGCUGUGGCUACGACAGAUACUGCAAGCUGUGGGACACAGAGACAGGAGAGUGCAAGGAGCGGUUCACCAGCAGGAAGGUCCCCUACUGCGUCAAGUUUCACCCGGAGGAAGACAAACAGCACCUCUUUGUCGCUGGCACCUCGGACAAGAAGAUUGUUUGUUGGGACAUUCGCUCUGGGGAGAUAAUCCAGGAGUAUGAUCGUCAUCUGGGCCCCGUCAACUCGAUCACGUUCAUUGACCAGAACCGAAGAUUUGUGUCCACGUCUGACGACAAGAGUCUCCGCGUCUGGGAGUGGGAUGUCCCGGUGGAUUUCAAGUACAUCGCUGACCCGUCCAUGCACUCGAUGCCGGCUGUCACCCUCUCACCCAACGGCAAGUGGCUGGCGUGUCAGUCCAUGGACAACAAGAUCUGUGUGUUCAAUGCGCUCAACAGGAUGAAGUUCAUCAGGAAGAAAACCUUCACUGGACAUAUGGUGGCUGGGUAUGCCUGCGGGAUCGACUUUUCACCUGAGAUGAGCUACAUCUCGUGCGGCGACGCGGACGGCAAGGUUUACAUCUGGGACUGGCGCAGCACCAAGCUCUACUCCAAGUUCAAGGCCCACGACGACGUCUGCAUCGACGUGCUGUGGCACCCACACGAGACUUCCAAGAUGGCCACCGCGGGCUGGGACGGCGUCAUCAAAUACUGGGACUGAGGAGUUACGACAGAUGGGACUGAGGAGUUACUGACAGAUGGGACUGAGGAGUUACUGACGGAUGGGACUGAGGAGUUACUGACGGAUGGGGCUGAGGAGCUACUGACAGAUGGGACUGAGGAGUUACUGACAGAUGGGGCUGAGGAGUUACUGACAGAUGGGACUGAGGAGUUACUGACAGAUGGGACUGAGGAGUUACUGACAGAUGGGACUUAGGAGUUACUGACAGAUGGGAGGACAGAAUUGUGGAGAAGAAUUUUUUUCAACUAUCAUUGGUGGCGAAAAAGGGAUGAGAAUGUGUGUGUGACUUGUACAGUUGAAUGGCAGCAUGUGUGUAUGUGUAUGUGUUCUGUAUCAGAUGCUUUGAUGAAUUUUAAUACAACUGUAACAACUCAUGUUUCAAAAA